AUGAGUACUCCAAAUGGGUUUCCACAGCACUCAGGGGCGUGUGUUACUCGGAGCAUGGAAGGUGGAGCAGUACAGGACCUGCAUGCUAAAAAAGCUGGCAAAGCAGCAAAGAAGGAGGCUGCUGGCAAUGGGCUCAUUACCAUUGAAGAUCCUCCAGGUGUAGGCACCUCUUUAAACGAAGCCUUAAAGCUUCUACCAGGUGAAUUCAAAGUUAACAUGAAGAUUAAAUCCAUCACCCCACGUCCUCCUCGGAAGAUGGUGUGUGACGGGUGCUCCCCAGACUCCAUGAAGUCCACGUUCAGCCUGCUCACCCCCAUUCGCUCCAGGGAUGUCCGAAGCAGGAGCUAUUUGGAAGGCAGCCUUAUGGCCAGUGGUGCCUUACUGGGAGCAGAAGAACUUAGCAGAUAUUUCCCUGAUCGGAAUAUUGGCAUUUUUGUGGCCACCUGGAACAUGCAGGGUCAGAAGGAACUUCCAGUGAAUCUGGAUGACUUCUUACUACCAACAGAUCCUGACUAUGCCCAGGACAUGUAUGUCAUUGGGGUUCAAGAAGGCUGUCCAGACAGGAGGGAGUGGGAGAUCCGCCUGCAGGAGACACUUGGGCCCCACUAUGUCAUGCUCUACUCUGCUGCCCAUGGGGUGCUCUACAUGUCAGUCUUCAUUAGGAGGGACCUCAUCUGGUUCUGCUCAGAAGUGGAGUAUGCCACGGUGACGACUCGGAUCGUAUCUCAGAUCAAAACCAAGGGAGCUCUGGGGAUCUGCUUCACGUUUUUUGGGACCUCCUUUCUCUUCAUCACCUCCCACUUUACAUCUGGGGACAGCAAGGUGAAUGAGAGGAAGCUGGACUACAACAAAACCAUCCAAGCCCUGACACUUCCCAAGAACGUUCCGGACACAAACCCCUAUCGCUCCAGCUCCAGUGAUGUCACCACACGGUUUGAUGAAGUGUUCUGGUUUGGUGACUUCAACUUCAGGCUCAAUAAGGAUCGUGAGACUGUGGAUUCCAUCUUGAACCAGAACCCAGAGACAGACAUGUCCAAGCUGCUGGCAUACGACCAGCUCACCAGUGAGAUGAGCAGGGGGUCUAUUUUCAAAGGAUUCCAAGAGGCUGACAUUCAUUUCCGUCCCUCCUACAAGUUUGACAUAGGAAAGGACAGCUAUGACACCACCUCCAAGCAGAGGACUCCUUCCUACACGGACCGAGUGGUGUUCCGCAGUCGCUACAAGGACGACAUCCAGGCUGUCAAGUACUCCUCGUGCCCCGUGAUCAGGACCUCAGACCAUCGGCCUGUGUUUGCCUUGUUUCGUGUGAGAGUGAGGCCUGGCAGAGACAACAUUCCACUGGCUGCAGGGCAGUUUGACAGAGAGCUCUAUUUAAUGGGAAUAAAGAGGCGGAUCACGAGGGAACUUCAGAAACGACAGGAGCAGAAGGACCAAAAAGCCAGCAGCAUAUGUAGCGUUUCCUGAGCUGAGAACUCUUGUCUUAGAGGU